ACACUGGAUAAAUAUUAUUCAAGUAAAACUAAAAUCUGUUGUUUCGUAUUAUUCCUUCCUUUAGGUCGAGAAAUCGGUGACUGGUGUAAAGAUUCAUCUUUGCAUCUUGAGGAACAGAUCAAUGUUCAGAUUGAGGAACCAUCACUGAAGGAACCUGUUGAUGGUCAGAGUGAAGAACAACCACCGGUAGAGCCCGACAGUGUUCCCGGUGAAGAACAACCACCGGUAGAGCCCGACAGUGUUCCCGGUGAAGAACAACCACUGGUAGAGCCCGACAGAGUUCCCGGUGAAGAACAACCACUGGUAGAGCCCGACAGUGUUCCCGGUGAAGAACAACCACUGGUAGAGCCCGACAGUGUUCCCGGUGAAGAACAACCACUGGUAGAGCCCGACAGUGUUCCCGGUGAAGAACAACCACUGGUAGAGCCCGACAGUGUUCCCGGUGAAGAACAACCACCGGUAGAGCCCGACAGUGUUCCCGGUGAAGAACAACCACUGGUAGAGCCUGACAGUGUUCACGGUGAUGAUCAACCCCUAGUAGAGCCUGUGGAUGGUCACAGUGAGGACACAGAGAGCUUCUCUGCUGAGCCCGGCUGUAGUCAUGACGACCCUCCAAAUGUGGUCUCUGCUAAGCCCGGCUGUAAAGAUGACGUCGCUCAAGGUGCAACCUGUCAGACAGAGGGCUCUGUUCCACCUCAGCCAGAAGAGCUGAAGGAUCAAGACACACACAUUAUUGAGAUCAACUCACAUCACUAUGAAAUUGGUGCUAAACUGGGCAAAGGAAGUUAUGGAACCGUUUUCGCAGGAACCCGUUUAGAAGAUGGCCUUCCGGUGGCUGUAAAAAUAGCUGAUUUCAAGAUUGAGCGAUACAUCUUUGUUCCGGGGUUUAGCCAUCCACUUCCAGCAGAGAUUGCUCUGCACUUUCUUGCAACUAAAGGCCCCAAGGUCAAAGAACUCGUUCAGCUUCUGGACUGGAAGGUGGAGGAUAACCGCUACUUUAUGGUCCUAGAGCGGCCCAUACCCUCUGUGAGCGUAACGGAUUUUUUAAGAAGCCACAGAGGCAACAUCGAAGAAGACGUGUUGCAGAAAAUCAUGUUCCACACAACAAUUGCAGCUGACACAUGCAUCAAACGUGGAGUGCUUCAUCGCGAUAUUAAGCCUGACAACUUGCUGAUGAACCCGCAGACCAAUGAAGUUAAACUGAUUGACUUCGGGUGCGGUGACCUCCUAAUGAAGUACUAUUACACAACUUAUUUGGGCACAUUCCAGUUCAGCCCUCCCGAGGCUAAAACGGCUGGCUAUUACUAUGCUGAGCCAGCGACAGUGUGGUCACUCGGGAUUCUUCAGUAUGUCCUGAUGUUCAAAAAAUUUCCAGACAACCAUGACCUCCUCAAGUUGAAUGACAGAAAUUUACACCAACACGGAAGGUCAAAAGAAUGCAGCGAUUUCAUCAGCGGUUGUCUGCAGACACUGCCCUGGUCUCGGUAUAAGCUGAAUGCACUUCGUGCCCAUGACUGGUUUAAGGUAAUUUUGAGGAUUUUGUCAUCAGUCAAAUGAAUCUGUCAUGAGCUGAGUUUCCAUCCUAAUGUGAAGCACAUCUUUUCAAAGUUCACUAAAUAUAUAUAUCUUAUAAUUAUAAAUGUGAAUUAUGAGCAAAUGAUUUUCAUCAAGUUGGUCGAGCGGCUGAACUGUAGUAUUGGUAACCUCGUAGCCAACGGUUUAACAAGGGAGGAAUAAUUGAGAAAUGCUCGCUACAUCAAACUUAAUUUGACAAAUGCAUUUCCUUCAUGAACUCUUUUUCACACGAGUCCAAAAUGACCUCAAGUGAGCAUAAAAACGUUUUGUGAAUUAAGGGAUUUUUAUUUGAAACUUGUUCCUCAUGUGAUACUUAAUAAAAGGUGCAUUAACACAGGCUGAUGGAAACCCAGCUAAUGUCAGACGACAGUCUUGUGUUGUUAAAUUUCCUUUUUUUAACAAUUUUGUUUUAAUUAUGUUACAGAGAAUUGUAAAAAAGAUCUAGCAUUUGACAAAGGACCACUUCCAGAAUCUCCCAGUUCAGUGCUGGAUUCGGCUAAAAACUCCAGCAGCUCCAACCAAAAUAGAAGAAGCUGAGGAUUUUGAGCCAACCACACCACCAUAGUCCUUUAGCUAAACAUAACUUUAUCCAGAGAGCUGAACAUAGUUUGGUUCUGCAGUGUCAUAGCUCUUAUUUCAACAUUUACACUGGCUCUAAUUAAAAUUCAUGUAAAUUACAAAAAUUAUAAAAUAUGAUAAAGCACUUUACAGUUUAGACCUUCAUAUAGUGUAUACAGCCCUUCUUACACUUUAAUAUCAGCUUUUGCUUUAACUCUUACACUUCCACAUGCUAAAAUAACAUGUAUAAUAAAAUAAUAAAUAAUAAAAAAAAAAUCUCAGUCGUUCCCAGUCCAGGUCCAUAUAUUUUGGGUGUCACUCUCUAAAAAAUGUAAUUUGAGCCAGAAGAGAGAGACUCCUGACCAAUGAUUACUGGGAUCAACUGAUAUAUAUACAGGGUUUCCAAUGAACAUUAUCACUCACCAGCCAAUCUGGCCACAA